ACGGAGGGAGUAGAAGUUUGAUUCCAGUUGACAAAGAGCGCAGGAGAGGGAGGGGUAAUCCUUUGUUAUGCAGCUUUGUUGGUUCACUUGAUUUCCUCAAUGAGCAAAGCCGCGGUCCACGUUCCACCAGGCCUAAGAAGCAACCAGAGGAUAACAGUAAAGAUGAGAAGUCUUCUGCUGGACUUGACCAGGGGUCAUACAACAGGACUGAUUUUGUUACAGAGUACAAAAAUGCUAGAUUUUUUAUCAUAAAAUCAUACAGCGAAGAUAAUGUGCACAAGAGCAUCAAAUAUGGUGUUUGGGCUAGCACCACAAAUGGAAACAAGAAACUAGAUGGGGCUUAUCAUGAAGUGAAGAAGGAAGAACACUGUCCCAUUUUUCUGUUGUUUUCGGUGAACGCUAGCGCACAGUUCUGCGGUGUUGCGGAGAUGACUGGACCGGUGAAUUUUGAGAAGAGUGUGGACUACUGGCAGCAAGAUAAGUGGACUGGCCAGUUCCCUGUUAAUUGGCACAUACUGAAGGAUGUUCCAAAUAAUCUCUUCCGCCAUAUAAUUCUUGAAAACAAUGAGCACAAGCCGGUAACCAACAGCCGGGACACACAAGAGGUGAAACUGGAACAAGGACAGGAGAUGCUGAAAAUCUUCAAGGACCAUGAGGAGGAUGCGUCGAUCCUCGAUGACUUUGACUUUUACGAGGAACGUGAGAAAGCCCUGCUGGAGAAUAAGGCAAGGCUGUAUCAGCAACAGCAGAUAUCCAGCUCCAGUAUCGCUGAGCCCAAGAAGCCGUCGACUGUACCAACUGACCUGGUGGGUCAUAUCGCCAAGAAUUGUAGCUUUCUUGAGCCCAAGAAGCCCUUGACUGUACCCACUGACAUGGUGGGUCAUAUCACGAAGACUUUUGCACAGGCUGUUCGGCUUGGCAAGGCCAAGAGUGUGAGCCCUCUGGGCAAGAAAGGCCCUGCUGGGGAUUUAUCUGUUGCUGCGAAGCCUGUCGAGGUCAGAGAGAGCGGCUAGAGCAGUUGAAGUGAGAUUUGGCUUUGCUUGAAAUUUAAUCCAUGUGCUUCCUCAUCAGAAUGCUGGGGUGUAUAAAGAAAAACACAGGUGAAGAUGAUGGCCUCGGUAGUUUCUUGCAUAGUCUCUUUUGUCUUAAUUUCCUUUGCGUAAUUAUAUAUUCGAGUACGGUUAUUCCUUAGCUGGUAGGCUUAAGGUAGAGAGCUGCAGUUUUGUUAAAUUUUCCUUUUCUUGUUACUUAUUGAUGGUGCAAUUCUGGACAAGAUACAUCUACUUGUGCACCAGUGUAUAUGUAAUAAGCAAUACAAUGGGAAUCCUAUAGGGCCAACUCUUUCUCCAUGGU